UCUCGCUGCUGUAUACGCAUCCACCACAAAAUCAUGAGCCAAUCACCCUACGCUGGCGGCGGAUAUUAUGGAUCGCAGGGAGGCGGCGGCUAUGUGCAAGGCAGCUCGCCAUUUGGUGGCAGUCAGGCCAGCCCAAGUGCGCAGAAGAGCGAAGCCUCCCACUCCAUCCGCGCAUGCACCAUCGGCCAGCUUACGCGCGCAACACAAGUACAUACCGACGCGCCAUUCACUGUCGGCGGCUUCGAGCUCGGACAUGUCACCAUCGUUGGCCACGUCAAAAGCCUGAGGGACCAGGCAACAAAUACUGUGAUCAUCAUAAACGACGGCUCGGGGGAACUUGAGGCGCGCCUAUGGGCAGAUGCUGGACAGUCACCGUCGGACAGCUAUGGGGGUGUGCACGAGGGCGGCAUAGCACGCGUCACUGGCUCACUAAAGGUCUUCGGCGCGAAGAAAUACAUCAACGCAGCCUGCGUGCGCCCCGUCGAGCACAACGAACGCGUCUUCCACCACUUCGAGGUCAUGUACUCGACAAUACGACUCGAGCGCGGGGCACCUCCGGGAACCAAGGCCGCCGAACACGCUCCAGCCGGCGCAUUUGCAUCGAGCACCAGCGGCGGCGGGGCCUCCGCCUACCUCGCCCCAUCCUCAAAACCCGUCGGCAGUGGCGGGAAGAAGAGCCUCAAGGAGGAGAUCACGGACUACAUGAGGCAACACAAGACUGAGGACGGUGUGUCGGUGAAGGACAUCGCGCAGGCGCUGUCUUCGUCGAAUGCGAAACAGAUCAGUGAGGCGUUGGACCAGUUGUUGGACGAGGGCAAUGUGUACACGACGACAGAUGGGUCGACUUUUGCUCUGGUAGAGUAGGACGUGGUGACUUUGCUGUAUAUAAGUAACUGUAUCCUAUGUAUUGACUCUGCUCUGCUA